AUGAAAUUUAGCGUCGGUCUAUUAUUCGCGGCUGUGGCAGUUGCAAGCAGCCCAGCCAAGAAGGCCAAUGCUGUUUCAGUUACUGGCUCGCCUCCAGGGUUUGCAUACGGAGUUACGGGAGGUGGAGACGCGACGCCAGUUUAUCCCACCGAUGUCAAACAUCUAAUCCAACUUCUGGGAUCUGAUGAUCCUCAGGUCAUCAUCAUCGACAAGACAUACGAUUUCAUCGGAACGGAAGGGACAACCAAGGGAAACAUCUGCAAGGCAUUUGGCUCCUUUGAGGAUGGCUGCCAGUCUACCAUUGAUAUCGGAAAGGGAUGCGACGGUCACCCGUCCGAGCCGUAUGAGUGGGAUACUGCUGGAGUCACAGGAAUCAGUGUUCACUCGGAUAAGACGAUCAUUGGAAUCGGAAACAAGGGCGUACUCCUCGGCAAAGGGCUGAGAAUAGUCCGCGCCUCCAACAUCAUUGUACAGAACAUCAUGAUCACCAACCUCAAUCCACAGCUUGUCUGGGGUGGCGAUGCUAUCACACUCUCUGGCACUUCAAAGGUCUGGAUUGACCAUGUUACGACUCAAUACACUGGCCGUGUACACUAUGUCUUUGGUCAAGAAGCAAACGCUCUUGUCACUAUCUCCAACAGCUUCAUGAAUGGCGCAACUAACUUCUCUACUUCGUGCGACGGGCAAAAUUACUGGGGAUUGGAGCUUGUCGGAGCCGACGACCAGAUUACGUUUGCAAACAACUACGUGUACCGCACAUCCGGCCGCAGCCCUGCACUGAGCGGUAAGACGCUUUUCCAUGCCGUCAAUAGCGUGUGGGAGGGCAACACCGGCCACGCUAUUGAGGGCACCGACGACGGCCAAGGCCUCUUCGAAGGCUGCGUCUUCAAUAACGUAACCCAAAUUGUCGGAGAUUUUGUUGGUCAACUCUUUAGCUCGCCGAGUGCUACUGCCAACAAAGCAUGCUCCGGCUACCUUAAGAGGGAUUGCGUGACCAACAUUCAAACAAACAAUGGGGCUGAGUUUACGAACGCCGAUACUAAGUUCUUCUCUAACUUCGUCGGCCUCAACAUUGCAAGUGCAAGCGCAGCUUCGGCAGCCCAGGCAAGCGUCCCAACCAAUGCUGGAAACACACUUUAA